ACCAGCCUGAGAAGCAAGUCUCAUUUGGAAGCUGGGACAUUCACUGUGACUCUAGUGAAAGUCUGGACAGCCAAGCUAUCUUGGCCCUCUAACUGGGCAUCAUGAGGACCUGUGUCCCCCUGAUGGUGGUCAUGCUCUGCAGCCUGGCUUGGGCUGGAAAAAUGGAGUCAUGUGCAUCUCGCUGCGGUGAGAAAUUCAACAGGGAUGCUGACUGCCAGUGUGACCACCAUUGUCCCCGGCACGGGGACUGCUGUGAAGAUUACGGAGACCUGUGUACUGCUGAAGAGGAUCCCAAAGAACCAUCCCCAGAGCUGGAGGAAGAGUCAAAGGAAGCUCCAGCUAGCAGUUUGUACUUAUCACCCAGCUCCUGCCAGGGGCGCUGCCAUGAAGCCUUCGACAAGCACCACCCAUGCCACUGCAAUACCCGCUGUCAAGAGUUUGGAAACUGCUGUGAGGAUUUUGAGAGCCUAUGUGGCCACGAGGGCUUCUCCCACCGCAGUGAUGCCAUAACCAAGGAAGAGCUGCAGGACAUCUCUGAGAGGAUCUACAGGGCAGAUACCAAUAAAGCCCAGAAGGAAGAUAUUGUUCUCAACAGCCAAAACUGCAUCUCUCCAUCAGAGACCGGAGACCAGGUGGACCGCUGCUCGGAGCCGCUCUUCACUUAUGUCAAUGAGAAGCUGUUCUCCAAGCCAACCUAUGCAGCCUUCAUCAACCUUCUCAACAACUACCAUCGGACAACAGGCCAAGGGGAGCACUUCAGCACCCAGCAGUUGGCUGAGCAGGACACCUUCCUCACGGAGGUCAUGAAGACGGCGGUCAUGAAGGAACUCUACAGGUUCCUUCACCAGCAGAACCGCUACACCUCAGAACAGGAGUUUGUCAAUGACUUAAAGAACAUGUGGUUUGGACUUUACUCAAGAGGCAAUGAAGAGGGGGACUCGAGUGGCUUUGAGCACGUCUUCUCAGGUGAAGUGAAAAAAGGGAAGGUCACUGGUUUCCACAACUGGAUCCGUUUCUACAUGCAGGAGAAGGAGGGCCUGGUGGACUAUUACAGUCACAUUUAUGAUGGUCCUUGGGAUUCUUACCCCGACGUGUUAGCCAUGCAGUUCAACUGGGACGGCUACUAUAAGGAGGUGGGCUCGGCUUUCAUCGGCAGCAGUCCUGAGUUUGAGUUUGCCCUCUACUCUCUGUGCUUCAUUGCCAGACCAGGCAAAGUAUGCCAGUUAAGCCUAGGUGGAUAUCCCUUGGCCGUCAAGACCUAUACCUGGAACAAGACCACCUAUGGGAAUGGCAAGAAGUACAUCGCCACAGCCUAUGUGGUCUCUUCCACCCAAUAGAACUGCCAGCCAGAAAGGGACCUGAGGGCAGAGUAAGCUCGGCAAGAUGGGUGCUGUCUGCUUGGAACUGAAGAGAAACUAGGAAGAUGUUCCAAAUCCAGAAAUAUCCAUUUGUGAAAGAGAGAGAAGAUCUAAUUAGAAAAAUGCAGAGAACCAUUCCGAUCUUUGUCCUCCAGCAUUUUGGCAAUGCAAAAUGAGAAAGGAUACUAAACAGAGGUUGGGUGGCCCUGCACAGAUCUUUGCCCCUAUAGGAGGUGGAACCAUGAACAAGUUUGACCUCUCUGUUACCUCUUGUUCCCUUUUAAUGUAAAGACAAAAGGUUUGCUCCCUUCCCUCCUUUUGGGGUUGGUGAGAGAGCAAGCCUGAGGACAGUGCUGUAAAGGUGCUACGAAUUUUUUUUUUUUUUUUUUUAAAGAAGAAUGGCUCACAGGAAUUCAAGAUUACUACACUGGUUGUUAUUAUCCACCAUUUUUACAGAAUGCAAUUCAGCCUUGUGUCAAAGGAAUCAGGCCAUGGGAGUCUAGCUGUGGGAAUUUGCUUUUUUCUAGGAUUAGAUCUUUUCUGUCCAGGCUUAGAGAACUCUGACUCUGGACACACAGAGGAAAGAAUUGGCAGAUUGUGUUGACUAUACAGGGAGUGGACAUUUCCAAGCCUGAAAGUUACUGCAAGAAACCAGGUAGCAGGAUCAAGAAGUCUCCUGUUUGUUUAUGUUAACUGUAGUUAUAGAGUUGUAUCUUGGGCCCAAAUAUUUUGAGAACCGUUCCUCUCAUAGGAGGAAGAUUUUGUAUCAGAAAAAGAAAGGAACUUUUAGCUUGGUGACAUGAAUUGCAUAAAUUUCAAGAGACAAGGAGGCCAGGGCUUCUUUUGUUUAUUAUAUACCUCUGAUCCUGUUGGGAACCAGACACUCUCCCACAGAGCUAACCUGACCCAUUACCUAGAAGAUUUGAGUUUAGUCAUUAAAAGAACUUGAAAUGUG